GUCCAACUUUGUACUGCAUUCUAAUUCUGCCGUGAGUGGCGAGAAAAUGGAGGACAAUCCCAUGAUUUUCACUCUGUGCCUUUUAUGAGAGGAGAUCGAAAGACGAACCUUGAGCAACACGACAUCAAAGAUAGUCUUUUACUUCAGUUUAAACCAGUUUCUUGGAUUACGGUACCACUUAAAUCACAUGGCAAAGAUGCAUACCAGACUAAGAUGGAACAAGCAUGCAGACAUAACCCCUCACAUGUCUUGGGAGGAGGGGGAGUAUAAGCCCUAAAAGGGUUGCUGGAUGCAAGUACGCCAGCAUCCAGCAGAAGCGAGAACAGGAAUUCUAAUCUUCCAUCGCAUCUUUCUCACUGCAGCCUGUUAUCUAUUUAGUGUGAAGUGUUUGUGUGUGAGAGUACUCAGCUUUUUGAGUGCAAGCCAGACCAGGCCACGUUCACUCAUGAGGCCUAAGACAUUCCCUGCUGCCCCAUAUGUGGGCAACACGCGCCAGCGUCUGCAGGAGAUCAAGGAGGGACUGAAGCAACCGGCGAAGUUGGUUAGCCAGGCGCUUCAUGGAGGCAGUUCCAGAGGGGAGGGGGGCAGAGGGGGUGACUCUAAGAGCAAAGACCAAGCUGGCAGGCAACAACAGCUGAGGCAGCCCCAGAAGUUCAACCACUACCAAAACACCCUACGAGAGAUCCGCAAGUCUCUGAUGCCUUUUGAGUUUGGUCAAGGCUCACUUCACCCUGGAGAAGUCAGCAGGCAUUUGCUGCAGGAGCUUGUCAAUGCUGGUUGUGAUCAGGAAAUGGCAGUGCGUGCCUUGAAACAGACCGGAAGCCGUAACAUUGAGGCAGCAUUGGAAUACAUAAGUAAAAUGGGUUACCUGGACCCACACAAUGAACAGAUUGUACGUGUUAUCAAACAGACUUCACCAGGAAAAGGUGGCAUGUCAAAUAUGAUGGACCACCGAUCAGGAAUUGAGGGCAGUGGGGAUGGAGCCAUGCCCGCUUAUCACCAAAUGGGAGCUCCACUGUAUGAGGGAGCUAGCUAUGGGGCUGAGGGUGAGAUGGCUCGUGCAUACAUGGGUGGACCACCUGUUAUUAACUACAUGACACAACCUGCCAACCCAUCACAGGGUCCUGCUAUGGGAAACCCAAUGGGUCGUCCCGCUAGUAUGGGUGCCUACUCCACAAACAUGACUGGCCAAAGCAAUCCUGGGAACCCUAUGUACACACCUGGUCCAGCUCCCCAAGGGUACCCAGGUGGAAUAGACCAGGCUAUGAUGGGCUACAGUGUGCCUGGACCACCCAUGCAACUCCAGUCACAGCCGUCAGGUGGCCCUAGUCCGCAUUACGACUAUAGGCCUCAUAUGAUGGAGCCCUCCAGCUAUGGGAUCAAACGGAGUGCUUCCUUCCAAAAUAAGAUGCCCCAAUUGCCACCAGAAAACUACGUUAAUAUGCCAGGCAAGGGAGCAAUGGGCCAAAAUAGUGGUGGAUACCCUUCUAACUUCCAGUAUCUCCCACCACAUUCCCAUCCACGCCAAGCCAGCCCCACCUCACACCAAGUUCACAUGAUGCCACGCCCCCCUGGUGUAGCUUCUGGAGCAAUGGGUGCAGAGUUCUCAGAUGUUCCCCAAAGCCUCCUUACCCCUUCAAGGGCCAGUCUUAAUCUUGAUCUGUAUGAGCAUCACUGGCCAGGAGCCCAAAAUUCUAUGGGGACUCCGCCAGCCAGGCAGCCACAGGGGCCCUUUAGAGGGGAGGUACAUGUCCCUAGUAGGACCAAUUCUUUCAACAACCACCAAAAGGUGACUGUGAGGCAGACACUGCCACCUACAGCUGCUGUUGCUGGCAAGCAGGAAGCUCCACUGGGUCCACCUAAUACAAUCACUGCAGUGACCUCCCCACCAAUCCAGCCACCUGUUAAGAGUAUACGGGUCAUGAGGCCUGAGCCUAAGACAGCAGUGGGUCCAUGUCACCCUGGGUGGUUGAGUGCACAAGCACAAGAAGCACAAGAGUGUCAUGGAUAUAUACCAGAUGAGACUUUUACCCUAGAGUCGAACCAAGAACAUCGCUGCCCACCUCCACCUUACCCCAAAUCUCUUCUUCUGCCUGGAUCUGGUCCUGCAGCAGAGUCUGCAUCCCUUGAGUCUGGACUACAAGAUGUCACAGCGACGAGUAGGACUGUACAGAGUGCCUCAGUAGGAAAGCAGGAGGAACCUGCCUCCAAAGACAAAGCCAAGACAGGCAAAGGAGAAAAAGUUGUGAAAGAUAAGAAGCAGAUCCAGACCUCACCUGUGCCUGUGCGAAAAAACGCCCGUGAUGAAGAGAAGAGGGAGUCACGAAUUAAGAGUUACUCUCCCUUUGCCUUCAAGUUCUACAUGGAGCAGCAUGUGGAGAAUGUGAUGAAGACAUACCAGCAGAAGCUCAACCGUAGGAUGCAGCUUGAACAGGAGAUGUCCAAGGCUGGUCUGUCAGAAGCAGAGCAGGAACAGAUGAGGAAGAUGCUUUACCAGAAGGAAUCCAAUUACAAUCGACUACGGCGUGCCAAGAUGGACAAAUCUAUGUUUUUCAAAAUCAAAACUCUUGGCAUUGGAGCCUUUGGUGAAGUUUGUCUUACACGCAAAGUAGAUACAGGGGCUCUAUAUGCCAUGAAGACUCUACGAAAAAAAGAUGUUCUUAACCGGAACCAAGUAGCCCAUGUAAAAGCAGAACGGGACAUCUUGGCAGAGGCUGACAAUGAGUGGGUGGUUAGGCUGUACUACUCAUUUCAGGACAAAGAUAGUCUUUAUUUUGUCAUGGAUUACAUUCCUGGAGGAGAUAUGAUGAGCCUACUGAUUCGUAUGGGGGUUUUUCCAGAGCCCUUAGCCAGGUUCUAUGUGGCAGAGUUGACCCUAGCUAUUGAGAGUGUGCAUAAGAUGGGCUUCAUACACAGAGAUAUCAAGCCAGACAACAUUCUCAUUGACCUGGAUGGUCACAUCAAACUGACUGAUUUUGGUCUGUGUACUGGGUUCCGUUGGACUCACAACUCAAAGUAUUACCAAAAAGGGAACCAUAUCCGUCAGGAUAGCAUGGAGCCAAGUGACUUCUGGGAUGAUGUAUCCAACUGUCGUUGUGGUGAUCGGCUCAUGACUUUGGAACAGCGGGCGACACGUCAGCACCAGCGAUGCCUGGCACACUCUCUGGUGGGCACUCCUAACUACAUCGCCCCUGAGGUGCUUCUGCGUAAAGGGUACACACAGCUGUGUGACUGGUGGAGUGUAGGAGUUAUCCUGUUUGAGAUGCUGGUUGGGCAACCACCCUUCCUUGCUCCAACCCCAACAGAGACACAGCUUAAGGUGAUAAACUGGGAAAACACUCUGCAGGUGCCUCCACAAGUAAAACUGAGCCCUGAAGCAGUUGACAUCAUCGGUCAGCUGUGCUGCUCAGCCGAAGAGCGUUUGGGAGGCAAUGGGGCUGGAGAGAUAAAAGCUCACCCGUUCUUUACCGAAAUUGAUUUCUCCAGCAAUCUUCGCACACAGCCUGCCCCCUACCGACCCAAGAUUGCCCACCCAAUGGAUACAUCAAAUUUUGAUCCCGUGGAUGAGGAGGGAGGUCCAGGGGCCUGGAGUGACAGUGGGGAUAGCACCCGCACCUGGGACACCCUCUGUUCUCCUCAUGGCAAACACCCAGAGCAUGCCUUCUAUGAAUUCACCUUCCGCAGGUUUUUUGAUGAUAAUGGUUGCCCAUUCCGUUAUCCCAAGCCCCCUGAGGCUAUGCAAAACCUGCCCAGUAGUUGUGGGGCCAAUAGUGUAAGGGUGGAGGAGGAAGAGUUUCAUGAAGAGGAAGAAGAAGAAGAACAAGGAGAAGGUUGUGAGCCAGUUUAUGUCUGAGAAUGAUGGACUAGGUGUUUAUGCUGCUCAAACUUAACCCUUUGAGGGCUACACAAGUUAACAUGCUGCAUCUCCAGCCCUUCCAUUUUAAUCCAACUUUCUCUUCAUGAUGUAUUUUCUUACGUGUUAAAUAGAUGGAAGAACAUGGAGAAAAUAAGCAACAUUGCAUUUCUCCAAAAGUAUCUUUUGUGACCUGGGACCAAGGAAGUACACAAGCUAUACAGCUUAGUCCGGGGAUGCUCGUGUGAUUGAUAGAUUUGGCUACCAGAGAGCACAAAAACAGAGAUGUGUAGCCUUCACUCUGUGGUUUGUCAGUCAAACGCUUUACUCUCAUGGUUCGUGUGGUCCGUCUCAUUCCUUUAUUCCACUGAGUGAAAAUAACCCAGUGUUUAUGCUCGCACAUCCUUCACCUCUCUUAGCCUGAUGAUGUUAACACAGCCAUUCCAAACACCAUAAAGGCCUUGGUGAGGAUUACAGAAGAGCUGAUUUUGGGAUGGUUGCUCUUAAGUUAGGUUAUGAUGAGGAGACGUUAUCAUAGAGCAGACAGAUACAUUACAAACCUCCUCUGUGGUACAUAAUGAAUGCAACAUGCAAAAACAUUGACAGUAACAACUGAGGAGGAUUAUUUUUAUUGUAAAACCAAACUGAGUAUAAAGUAUAUGGCAGGAUUUUGCAAAGAAACAUGUUUUCUAUAAAAUGGAAGUUAAAAGUCGGGUUUUCAGAUAUUGCAUCUAAUGACCCUUGUGAUCUUUGACUAAUUUGUCUGCAAAAAAUGUUUGAAAAGACUUAGUGGCGCCACCGCAUGGUUCACAGUGAAACGAACCAAUCAUGUCCUUCCGAAAUGCUAUAUUAUAGACUGGUGUUCAGUUAGUUCUUCAUUAUAUGUUGUGCUAAGUCCAAAAUAUCACAAUCUAUUUGGAAGUUACAUACACUAAUUACAGCAUUUUGUAAAUAUAAUAGUUAUACUUUGGUUUAUGUUAAAAUGGGUCAUUAUAUCAGGUCAAAUGGUGCUUUACUAAGUGACACAGUAUUGAGACAAAAUCUUCUGUAUUGUAAAUGUUUAAAAUUUACUACUGCAUGCAAUAUUGCAGUAUUCAAAAAUUUCAAAGUAUGUUAGUUUAAUUGCCAAAGUAUUGCUUCAUUCAAGUAGUGCUGGCUUGAUUUAACUUGUUUGAAGGCUUGCCUUACUAAACCUGUUUUCAGCAAUAGUUUUAAUCAUCUUUCGCAUUCACGUAUAUCUAACACACAUCAUGCAUUGAUUUUAGAGGCGUGCUUUCUCAGACUGCCGCAAUUCAGAGCAACGCCAUAGCUUUACCGGUUUUACUUUUAAAACUUUUAUUUUAAACAGUACAGAAGCUGGUGGAAACAAACUUCAGCGUUUGCAACCAGGCAUAACAUUUAAACUAUUUCAGCUUUAUUCUUUUCCAGUUUCUCUGAACCAUUAUCACAUUAGUUUCAUAGUUUCAAGCAGAUCUUAAAAGUCAAGGUUUGUUUUUGUUGUGCGUGUUCACAAUUAUCCAGAUCCACUGGAAGUAAUUUUGUUUAUCACCAUCAGAUGAUUUUUUACUAAACAGCAAAAACGUGUUGACAUAGAGCCUGCUGCGCCAUCCCAGCGUGUGAUCAGGCAUAGCACAGUAUUAUAAAAUAUGGUUUGACUAAAACGUAAAGAAUACAUUAAGAACUCUUAAUAAAACAGUGAAAAAGUGGUUAAAGAGAAGGCAAACGUAUCUGAUGGUUUGAUUAUGUGCAAUACAGAAAAUACGUUUAUAUAGUUUUCUAAAUACAACAAAUAGCCUUUAUAACUCUAAAAUUGAAUUAUGCUAUGUAAAAGUAUAUAUUAUUGUGAUUUUUAUAUAUUUUCAGUAUAGAUUCAUGACCCAAUGCUGCUUAUUGUUAUUAAUUUUACAAUAUAAAUUACAUUAUUAUUAUCAUAAUUUCAUUUAUACUCUCUAUUUUCUCCCUCCCUCUCUCUUUGUAUAAAGUGUGGAACUGAUUGUCAGUGUGAUUAAUCUGGUGUGAGACGAACUAUGUGCCUUUUAAUGAAUGUGUGAGUGUGUCCACCAUGAGCUGAUCAGUAUUUUGGAGAUGGAAAUACAUCACUGUCUUGCUGUCAGGCCGGUCCUGACUGUAAGAGUGAUGUUUUUGGAGGCUAGAUUGGGAAAGAUAAAGAUUCAAGAUGUGUCAAUUGGGACUGUAUGAGAUGUAGAUGGAUUUCAUGACCGAAUAGAUAUGCAUGUUUUGACUAAAACUGUGGCAGUUCUUAUGAAUUCCUGUGAUAAGUCCAUUUAAUUUUGCCUUGCUGUGAUCUAAUCGUUUGUUGUGAUUGUGGGUCACUGCACAAAAUGUUCUCUUAAAUAAUCUUUCAAGUUGACUGACAAUCACAUGCUUGCAUUAGACCAAACUGACAUAUCAGGUCAAUAUAGUUAAACUGCCCUUCACAUCCAUUGACAGAAAGAGCUUUAAAACCACAAGUUGAUAAGAAAUGGUAUUAUUUUCUAUAUUGUGUCAGUAAUAUCAUUCUUAAGAGAAAUUUCAACGUAUAUUAAGGAGAAAUACUGUGUGACAUCGUAUAUGCAAAUUACAAUUGGUAUAUCAUACCUUUUGAUUUAUGUCAGACAAGUUAUUUGAGCUUAAUGAAGUGUGACAUUAAAUGUGACUGAUGUUUUAUUAACCCAUAUUUAUCAGAAUGGAUGAAUAUGUCAAAAAGCAUUUAAAAGAGAGUCAAGUUUGGGGUUUUGAAUGUAAUGUGUGUGUUGUGUUAAGGAUGGAUUCUCUGUUUUACUUUUGAAAGUGUUGACUGACAAUCUUUAGACUGUGUUUUGAACUGUGUGAUAAUGGAAGUGUUCCUUAAGUGUACGUUUUUAUAUUUUAAUGGAUGAAUGGGUUGGGACUUUUUGACGUUUGUAAUCGCUAAAUGUAUUAUACAAUACUGUUACUAUUGAACAUAUAUUUAUACAGAUAUACAUAUUUUUUGUAUCAUUUUAUUCUUAUUUUUCUCUUUUCCAAGCUAACUUUUUACCCCCAUGUCUACAGUAUUACAUGCAGUAUGCAUUUGGAUUUAUAUCUCAUUUUUUUUACAUUUAUGUGUGAGUCAAGACUGUUCAAGAAAUGCUUUCACUGUCCUUUUGUGUAAAUGUAUAUGUUUAAAUUAAAUUAAACAAAUCAUCCCCUU